AUGUUCCUAAUUAUAAUUAUUGGUGUCGUAGGGAAAAUUAUUAUUAGAGUUGUAGCAAUAAUUCAGGUUGAAUCAUAGCCAGAGUAUGUGCUUCAAUGUCUUUAAUCAUUUGUUCUAAAACAGUCAAACUGUGGAAAAUUGUACAUGUUCUCAUAGAUUCUUGGAUAAUAAUUCUUCCAUUUUGCAAUCAUAGUCAAUACCAAAAGAUGGAUCAACAUAGUAUAUUCUUAUAAAAAUCAGAAGAAGAGUAUUCUUAUUACAUUGUCAUUAAGUUUUAUUCUUUUUUAUCUGGUAAUGGCACUUGGAUUUGCAACUGCGUUUAUUUUUAUGGAUAUAAAUCAAUACAAUAAAUUUUUUGUGACACUUGAUAAAGUUCUAUUCAGUGUUCAGAAUAUUAUUUGCUUUUGUAUAGUAAUUACCUAUUUCUUCUUGAAUGCCUUUUUCUACAAGUAUUUUGAUAAACUAAUAGAUAAUUACAAACCUCAUUUAAAUGACGAAGAGAUAGAGAUAUGGCAGAGGAACAAAAGAUAACUAAGUAAAUUCUUCUAGAUUUUAAUCAUUGCCAUUUUCAUUAAGCUGGGUCCUGAGAUUGUUUUAGUAACUAUGUUAGAGGUAGAUUCCUAAACAUAUUUUCAAAACUACGAAGUAAACCAAUCAAUCAUGAAUUUGAUAAUAAAUUCUUCAGAGCUUUUAUUGAUGGUUAUUUUAUCCUAGUCAAUAAAGUGGUCAAUAAUUGCAUACAAACGAUUUUAAAAAGUUCAAACUCACAAGAACGUCAGUGAUAUCAAUUUAACAUCAUCAAUGUUCGAGCCAGAUUAGGUUUACAAGCAAUACAGAUUACUGUCUGAGGAUAAAUGCGGUUUCUUUCAAGAUUAGUACGAUUAAAUGAUCAAUAAAACCCAGAAUAAUUCUAAUUCUGCCAGUGUCUUAGUGUUAUGA